AGAAUGUCUCCUCUAGCGCGCCGGAGGCGCGUGCGGGACGGCCCGCGAGCGCGUCCGUGCCUUGCGGCGGUGCGCUGCCGAAUGCGGCUUUUCGGAGCGCUGCCGCGCGCUUGCUUCGAGGUCCGUCCAGGUGGCGCUAGCGUCCAAGUGCGCGUGCGGCGCGCCGUUCCGCGAACGCGCUUGGCGCCGUCGUUCGCGUGUUGUCGUCCGACGCGCGCGCGCGUUUUUCUCCAGCGAAGUAGCAGCGCGCGGUAGUUGAAGCUGUUUGGAGCGUCCCGACGUGCGAUCGGCGCGAGAAGCGUGGUGGGUCGCUUCGCAUUCGGUAGUUCAGACAGUUAUUCUUGGCGCGCUUUGUGCGUGGGGGGAAGAAAGCGCCCGCGUGCGUUCAAGAAAAAAAGAAAUGAUGAAGUCUUUGUUCGCAUCGUCUACGUCUAUGGUGUGCCGACGUCCACGCUGAGGUGAUCUGAGCCGACGGCCACCGCCGACAUGUGCCGGGGCGCGGAGUCCGCCAACAGCAGCGGCGACGCGCUGUCUAACGAGACGGCAGCGGCCGAAGCGCUGGCCGCCGCCGCGGCAGGCUGCUGGACGGGCAUCAGCUUCGAGACGGCCUUCAGGAUUCUGCUGUACGCCAUCAUAUUCGUGUGCGCCGUUGUGGGAAACUCGCUGGUCAUCAUCACGCUCGUCCAGCGCCGGCGCAUGAGGACCGUGACCAACGUGUUCUUGCUCAACCUUGCUGUCAGUGACUUGUUGCUGGGAGUAUUCUGCAUGCCCACCACGCUGGUGGGCAGCAUCCUCAGGAAUUUUGUGCUUGGCGGAGCCAUGUGCAAGCUCAUACCUUACCUCCAAGCCGUGUCAGUGUCCGUGUCGGCCUGGACGCUGGUGUCCAUCUCGCUGGAGCGGUUCUUCGCCAUCGUUCGGCCGCUCGAGUCCCGUCGGUGGCAGACCCGGUCGCACGCCUACAAGGUCAUCCUGCUAGUCUGGCUCUGCUCCAUGGUCACCAUGCUGCCCAUCGCCGUCCUUUCGCAGUUGGUGCCCCUGCGCGGAGAGCGCAAGAAAUGCCGAGAGGUGUGGCCCAACGUGACCUCGGAGCGCGUCUUCAACGUGUACCUGGACGUGACGCUCUUCCUGCUGCCGCUGGUGAUCAUGUCGUUCGUGUACAGCUGCAUCUGCGCCACCCUCUGCCACGGCAUGAAGCUCGACAACAAAAGUACGCUGUGCUGCUGCUCGCUAAUCCACCGGGCCUUGGCGCGCCGAUGCAGGGGUUGCGCCGCCCCGACGCCCGAAACCGAACAGCACCCCUCAAAAGACGAGGAACUCAUGUCGACGGCCGUGGUGCACGAGGAGUACCACACCAAUCCCAACAUGCCGCAGCUCAUCGCACCUCCAGACGUGGAAGCCAGGCUCCAAAAAAUGCCAAGGAGACAGUUUAUCUUCAGGGGAAACUACCGCAAGAGCCGGGCCUCGAAGCGGCGCGUGAUCCGGAUGCUGUCGGUGCUGGUGCUGGAGUUCUUCGUGUGCUGGACGCCGCUGUACGUGCUGCACACGUGGACCGUGUUCGACGCGCACGCCGCCUACAGCCGCGUGCCGGCCGGUGCCUUCGCCGCCGUACACCUGCUCGCCUACGUGUCCUCCUGCUGCAACCCCAUCACGUACUGCUUCAUGCACGACAAGUACCGGCAAGCAUUCCGCAACGUCCUCGCCUGCUCGAGCGCCUCGAGCCGCCGGCGCCGCCGGUGGUCGUCGACCAAGAGCCACGACCGAUUCGUGUCGCUCAACAGCAUCUGCAGCAACGGCAAGAAUGUCAGCGGCAGGGGAUCAUUACGGAGCACGUUCACAAGCCGGCUGUCCAGUGUCAAGGAAGAGAGAGCAACCAACGAUGUCAAUGAAGCCUCUGACCAAAAGCACGAUAUUCGUCACAACGUGAAGAGUCCUCCGGCGACACAUGACCUGUGUUUUGAGCGCAAGACUGUGCUGCGGAAAUGGACAGCCUGCGCUGGCAUCCCAGCACCCGUGCUCACUUUUCCUGUGGCUUCUCUCUCGUGGCCGUAAUUGUGUGAUACGGGCGACGCUCGCACGGACACAGCGUGCACGCCUUUCUCUGUUUUCCUGGUCACUUCUAAACGUGUCGUGUCACAACUGUGUCGUCUAACCGAAUGCCAGCCAUUCUUCAUCAGCAACUAUUCGGGCGUCUCGUGCUCCUGUGCGUGAAUUGUCAAGCAUUCGUGCGUCCCACCCGCCCUGACGGGCUCUCAUCUGUGUAAAUAAAACCCUUUAUUCAUGCGUC